CCUGAUAGCAUUGCUGGGUGGGACAAGUUCCAGGAUCUGGCUGCUUAUUUGGUAGGUCUUCGUGAGGCUCCUUACCUCACUGACCUGCAGGUGACAGAGGCCAUCCAGCUGUGGACAGCUCUCCUGGAUGUUGAUAAACAGCGCAUCAACUACCAGCCUCGACAUCAGCCUCAGCUGACACAUGGGCGCUUUAAGGCAUCCAGCUUUUUGAGCUAAACCAGAAGGCGCUCAUUCAGUGGUUUCAACGGAGGCAAAAGGAUCAGGAAAUGAGUGUACUCACUCAGGGACUGACUCCACUUGAUCCAAUUGCUUUGGCAGAUACGCAGCUUCCUUUGCCGAGGGAAAAAUUGGACGAGGCACCAUCAACAUCAGGCCCCAAACACCAGUUUGUCUUUCCUCCAAAUAAAGAAGGACAGGCACCUCUUCUUUGACCUGGUCGAAAGUCUGCUUCUGCAACCACCACAGUUUGCUCCUUCCUGCCAGAUGCCACCACGGUGUGCUCCUUCCCACUGGGCCCCACGACGGUAUGCCCUAUCGCGCCAACCCCCACCACAGUCUGCCACAUUGCACCGGCCCCUACCAUGGUGUGCCCCGUCACACCGACCUUCACCACAGUGCGCCCCAUCUCGCCAGCCUCCACCACAGUGUGCCCCAUCAUACCAGCCUCCACCACAGUGCGCCCUAUUGCGCCGGCCCCCACCACAGUGUGCCCCAUUGUGUCUGCCCCCACCACGGUGUGCUCCUUUCCACCGGCCCCCAGCACGAUGUGCCCCAUUGCACCACCCCCCACAGCACCAGGUGUUGUGCAGCCCAUUUCAGGACCUGGAUCAUUGUUUGGCACACUUGUUUUUAACCCAGACAUGAGUGUGUCAAUGGUGAUUCCAUCAUUUGCUGCACCAACAUCCAGUGCAGUCCCAGCUUCACCUGCACCUGCUGUUCCUCCACCUGCACCUGCUCCACCUGCACCUGCUGUUCCUCCACCUGCACCUGCUCCACCUGCGCCUGCUGUUCCUGUGUCCCGUUACACCCAGAGGAACAGGCGCAGACGGGAACUGGAGAAGGAAAGUGGAGUCCACAAAAGGAAGUAUGUGCGUGCGGUUACUUUUAAUGUUUGCAGCAAAUGUGGGCAACCCAAGACUAAGGAGUUUGGCCAUAGCCGAUUUGGUAAUGCCACAUUUUGCCUGCAAACUUCAAAUGGCAAAUCCUUAGAGGACUGGUUGGCAGAAAAGCGCCAGCAAAAUAAAGGACAAACUCCAGCUCCAGAAUAA